AUGGGCGCUUCGAAUAUUUCUCCUGGUAUGAGAGAAUUCCAAGAGUGUGUAUCGGAUAUAGAAGCGUUUGAUAUAAAUAGUUCGGGAAUGCAUUUUACGUGGAUCCAUCUUCAUAAAUUAAAGGGUAGGAGCGUUUGGGACAUCAAAGCUCGGGGUAGUAUCAGCUGGGGCUGGCGGAAAAUCCUUUCUAUCCGGAAUGCGGUUCGCCCGUUCAUAUGGAAGAUUGCUAGGAGCGGUUCUCAAAUAAACGCUUGGAGUGACAACUGGUGCCAGUUCAGUCCACUUAACUCGUUUAUUACGCCGAGAUCCAUUGCUAAUGCGGGUUUUAAUAUUAAUACUAAUUUAGCGGAUCUUAUUGAUGAGAACGGUCAAUGGAAGUGGCCUUCUGCGUGGUAUGAUAUUUACCCGGUCUUGAUAGGGUUACAUGCUCCGCCUUUGACGCAGAAUCUGGUUGAUAGAACAAUAUGGAAAGAUUUGGAGGGUAAUACUCGUCCUUUUGGUUCGAUGGAAGUGUGGCAUAAUACCCGGCAUCGGGAACAACCGGUCUCUUGGGUGAAUGGGGUUUGGUUUAGUCAGUGUAUUCCAAGGCACUCGUUCCAUCUUUGGUUGGUUAUUAAAAAUAAGCUGAAGACACAGGAUCGAUUAGCAAGCUGGGAAGCGGGGAGCGAUUAUAAUCUGAGGCUUAUGUGCUGUCCAUUAUGUAAGCAUGAUCGGGACUCUAGAGACCAUUUGUUUUUCAGUUGUUCGUUUGCGUCUCAAGUCUGGUAUAAUGUUAAAGAUUUGCUGAAUAUGGGGGAAGUAAAUGACUCGUGGCAGUCGAUCAUGAACUGGAUGGAUCAAAAGGCUAACUCAAAGAAGACGGAACACAUUGUUUGUAAGUUAGUUAUUGCGGCGGCGUCGUAUUUUAUUUGGCAUGAAAGGAACAAUUGUUUAUUCUCUAAUAAAGUGGCCAAUGUUAAUGCGGUGUGUGAUAAAAUCAAGAACACGGUUCGGCUUAGAUUGAUGGGGUUCAACUUUAAGGGGGGUUCGCACAAUCAAAGCAUUCAAGAGAAGUGGAAGUUGCUUCCAAGUGAUGAAGACAAAGACCCGGGCUAG